ACACACACAGUCUUUUCCUGUGCAGUACUGCGGGCAGGAAGAUCUCAGAUCACAGAUUAGUGGUCCUCUUCACUCUGCUCUGCACGCUGAAGCUCCAUCAGUCAGCAAGUACGCAACAAUAAACGGGAGGGGAGAAGAGGAGGCAACGAGAAGGAGAGGAGGCUGGCUGCUGGAGGAGCCCACGUGUUUCUUUUCCCCUAGCUGCAGCCUUAGCCACUGUUAAUGGAGGACUGGGGUGUGUGAAGAGUAUUAACUCUGCUGCAGUCUGAAGCCGUUCUGCCAAAUCUGGGACCAUGUCGGGAGCCUAUGAUGAGUCCGCCAGCCAGGAUGAGACCACAGACAGUUUCUGGGAGGUUGGGAACUACAAACGUACAGUGAAGCGGAUUGACGAUGGUCAUCGGCUCUGCAAUGACCUGAUGAACUGCAUCCAGGAGCGUGCCAAGAUCGAGAAAGCCUACGCACAGCAGCUGACUGAGUGGUCCAAGAGAUGGAGACAGCUGGUAGACAGAGGGCCUCAGUACGGUACAGUAGAGCGAGCUUGGAUGGCAUUGAUGACGGAGGCAGAGAAGGUGAGCGACAUUCACCAGGUUGUGAAGAACAACCUGAUCAACGACGACUUUGAGAAGGUGAAGAACUGGCAGAAAGACUCGUACCACAAACAGAUGAUGGGAGGAUUCAAAGAAACCAAAGAGGCAGAAGAGGGCUUCAAGAAAGCCCAGAAACCUUGGGCCAAAAAACUAAAGGAGCUUGAGGCUGCCAAGAAGUCCUUCCAUAUGGCCUGCAAAGAGGAGAAGCUGGCGUCCCUCAGAGAGGCCGGCAGUAAGGGAGAGACCUCUAUGACUGCUGAGCAACAGAAGAAGCUCCAUGAGAAAGUGGACAAGUGCAAACAGGACUCCCAGAAGGCCAAGGAGAAGUAUGAGAAGGUUCUGGAUGAGUUGAGUAAGUGCACUCCACAGUACAUGGAAAACAUGGCGCAGGUGUUUGAUCAGUGCCAGCAGUUUGAAGAGAAGAGGCUGAGCUUCCUCAGGGAGGUGCUGUUGGAUGUCAAACGCCACCUCAACCUCACAGAAGACCAAAGCUAUGCUACAGUGUACAGGGACCUUGAACGCACCAUCACGUCAGCCAGUGCGCAGGACGAUCUGAAGUGGUUCAGCAACACCCACGGCCCCGGCAUGCAUAUGAACUGGCCACAGUUUGAGGAAUACAACCCAGACCUUACCCAUAACAUCGCAAAGAAAGAAAAGUUAAAGAAAAGCAGUGAUGGGAUCAUGCUGACUAACGUCACAUCGGCAGUGGAUCACGCUCAAGCUGGAGACCGGGGAAGCGUCAGCAGCUACGAGAAGAACCAGGCGUACACGGCCUCAGCAGAGUGGUCAGACGAGGACCAGACAGCACCGAACUCAGGCAACGACACCAACGGAGGGUCAAACCCCUUCGAUGACGAUGUUGGCAAUGGUGUGAGAGUGAGGGCGCUGUAUGACUAUGAAGGCCAGGAGCAGGAUGAGCUCAGCUUCAGAGCAGGGGAUGAGCUGACGAAGCUGGAGGAGGAGGAUGAACAGGGCUGGUGUAAAGGUCGUCUAGACAACGGACAGCUGGGUCUUUACCCAGCCAAUUAUGUCGAGCCGAUCUAACUGUACCAGCUGAGGACACUUGUCUCAUUGGAGGGAGAACCCAGACUGAACCGUCCAGUCAUUACUGCACAUUGCCAGAGACUUGAAAGCAAAGCUUCCUCUUUCUGUCAGGCACAGUGAGCUGUCUUCAUCUCAGUACUCAUCACAGAGAAGACUUUAGCGAAACAAGAUCUGUUCAGGAUCACACAUCUCCAGAUACUGCAACCAGAGCAAAUUAUUUUCAUCAACGUUGUGUGUAGCUGUGUUUGAUUUUAGAUGUCACGCUAAUAUGCCAUACAGUAUGUUCUCUCAUGAUAAUAUUGAUAUGGUAUCAUCAGUUGUGCCUGGAUAGUAAGAAUGAGCUAUGCAUUGUGCAUCUCAUGUAUAUAUUUUAAUCUUUUUUUUACAGUCUGGAUGCUUGUACAGUUUGUUUUCUCAUUAGAUACAGAGUUUCCUUUUCUUUGUGAAAUAUUUACUUGUUUAUCAUUGAAAGAAUAGUUUGAUAUUUUGGGAAAUGCCCUUAUUUGAUUGCUUCUUCAGUGUUAGAUAAGAUGUUAGAUACCAUUCUUGUGUUUGUGCAGUAAAUAUAAAGUUACAGCUAGCAACUUGUUAGCUUAGCAUAGGCUACAACACAACAACACCUCUGAAGCUCACCGGUAUGUUGUAGUUAUAUAUUGUUUGUUUAAUCCAGUAAGAAAAAUGUUAAGCUAAGCAGCUGCUGGCUCUAGCUUCACAGUUAUGGAAAUGAGAGUGGUAUAGAUCUUCUCACCUGACACUCAGCAAGCAAGCAUACAAGCACAUUACCUAAACUGUUGAACUAUUCCUUUAGUGCAUUUCUUUGUUUUCCUGCUGCACUUCACAGCAUGUCACUGAAUUAGCAUUCUGAAAUGAGAUAAAAGUCACUGAGCAGAGCUUCUCUUUGAAAUGGAAAUAUAUAUUCAGCCGUUUGCAUUAACCUCAACUGUCUCACUUGUUCCCAACAAGGUGCCUGUUAGGACUAUUACCUGUCAUUUAGUUACUCUUACAGUUUUAUCUUCACGUGCAGACUGUGUUAAUAAUCCAGGUGCCAUGAGCAAAACCUGCCUGGAAACAUAAACUCACAGCUGUUUUGUAUGGAGAUUAAUUUUGUUUCAAGACAAGGGUUUAUUUAUUUUAUUAAUUUAUGCAGUUAAUGAGACUUGUUUACUUUGAGUGAGUGUCAGUGUCCCAGCAUUAUCAGCUUUCUGCUCUUAUCUCUGUGAUUAUGUGCAUGUUGAUGCUCCUACACAGUUUUUAUCACUUUGAUCUGAACUGAUCCAGUGCAUGGCCUCGAUUUGUAUCCGCCAAAUUACUUACAGCUUCUUGAUCAAAUGAAAACUCUUAUCAGGAUGAUGAUGCACCUCUGAUUUGCAUUGUGUAGCAAAUGUCCUGAUGGAUCUAUUUGAUUGUGCACCCAAAUACAUGCUGCAUUAAAUCUUAACUAUAGGCUCCAUCUAUUUAGAGCUAAAUAAUUUGGUUUAAUCAUCAAACACUCAAAUCUAAAUCAAACAUUAUACAAACAAAGAGUAUGAAUGCAUGCAGCAGAACAGUAAAUGUUAUAUGUGACUGGUUUGUUACUCAUGGUUACCGCAGGUGUUGGUGAAAACUACACCCUCGCCAAUGAGGGAGGCAGGUGUUCUCUUACUGAAGCAGACAGAGAAAGCUGCAACAAGUGAUGCACAACAAAGCAGAAAGAGGAUCCGUCCCUGAAAUAUUGAUGAGACAACUGCCUGUUCUGCAGCAGCAAAGAAGUUCAUUUUUUAAAAAGUCCAGGAAGGAAAUGUCUCUUGUACUGUGUUUAUGCUUAUGUGUGCUUUUCAAAUAGUAUUGCUCCUUGUAAGCUCUGAGUUCAAAGGAGUGAAAUAAAUAUUGCCUUACUAGAAUCCAGCAUGCUGCCACUCACAAAAGAAUCAACCGUUAAAUUUAACAAAUUGAAAGAGAACUUGCUUCGGCAGAAUCUGACUCCUGCUUAUCAAGCUCAUUUUACACCAACACAACACGCAGGCCCUCUUUGCCUAAAGAUUAUAUAAAUUUAAAGAUUUCAACAGCUUAAAAUAGUGGGACUGUUAAAUGUACUGUCAAAGUGUACAGUAAAAGAGUACAAAAGCAGAUGUGUAAAGGUGCAACUGCGACAUCCACUGUGAAACUGUAUUUUUAAAAGUACUCAAAUGCUUUUUCUUUUCUGUUUGUUGCUCAUACAUUGAUCUGCAAUGUUGAGGAAAACUUUUUAGAGGACUGGAGACCUUUCUUGUUUUUUUUAGCAGAGUGCUCUAAUUUCCAAACUGUAGUGCCUGUUCAUCUGCGUAAGCAAAAAAUAAAGUCAUCAGAAAA